CGAGAACAUACUCCAUGUUCCCAGCAGCCCUGGUAGAGACGUCACCGGCGCCCUUCAGUGCAGGGUUGAAAGAUGGCGUCUGCUACUCGUUUCAUCCAGCGGCUGCGGAACUGGGCAUCCGGGCAAGACUUGCAGGCGAAGCUGCAGCUGCGUUACCAGGAGAUCUCCAAGCGAACUCAGCCUCCUCCCAAGCUCCCCGUGGGCCCCAGCCACAAACUUUCCAACAAUUACUACUGUACACGUGAUGGCCGCCGGGAAGCCACGCCGCCCUCGAUCGUCAUGUCCUCACAGAAGGUGCUGGCGUCAGGGAAGCCAGCAGAGAGAAGAACAGGCGUGAAGAGACAAAGAACUCUCAGGCUCACUGAGAGAUGGCCCUGAACCUAGCCGCUGAUGAGUCUGCACUCAGCCGCUACAUAUUGUCAGCUGGGUGAAUCCACAAUUUCUUCAGUUUUUCUCCCUGGACCCCAGAUGCCAACCUCACCAAGAAGCCAAGCCUCACAGGUGGUGUGGGACGCUCCCCUCCCCUCCCUUCCCCUGCCGCAGGCAGUCCUAUUUGCUGCCCUUUCCAACUGCCUCUGCACCAGUGCACCUUUGCCUCGUACCCCAUGUCUCCUGGGAAUUGGAGAUUAUGAAAAAAUUUAUAUAUAUGUAUAUAUAUACAUACGCUCCAAAUGCAGCUAUAAUCUCUAACAGUUUUGAAUAAGGAUGCCAUCAACCUGCAAAUAGAGGCCUUUCUGUGCUUUUGUGUUGCUUCACGGGAAAUUUGCACAGCUGUUACAACGCUGAGGACAGUGACUUGUCUGGGGGGCCUGCUGGCAGUAGCGCUGCUUCUCCUAGGGGCAGAGCUGUAGAUAAAACACAGCAGCCAAUUGGAUAGAAAACCUGCAGAAGGUUUGUAUUUUAUGUGCCUACUGGGUGAGCGUGAGAAGAGAAAGCCCAGGCUGUCUUGUUCCCAGAGUAAAGUAUAAGACCCGCCUCCCUUUGAGGAGCCUAUGCGGGUUAAUGAGGUAGUGAGCGUCGGUGAGAACAUCCAGGUGCAAGGGAUAGAGGACCCAGGAUGAAAACCAAGAACCAACAUUACCUUCAUUUAUUUAGCAAAUAUUUAAGAGCCUGCUAUGUGUCAGGCUCAGUUCCAGGCACUGGGGAUACAAUGAGCAACACAGCAUUCCUGUCCUCCUGGGCCUGACGUUCUGGUGGGGAAUCAGACUAUAAACCAAAGUAAAUAAGUCGGGCGCUCGAGAGAAGCAGGAGGAGGGCGUUCCUGGGCGAAGUGGCUGCCAUAUUAGGAUAAUUAGGCAGGAGUAUUUGGUGCAUGUGGAAUGUUAAAUAUUGUAAGUUGACAAGACUUGUCGGUACUAGUUCGUUUGCACCUCCAGAAGUUUCUAAUUUCAAAUAGGACCAAUACCUUUCGAUAUACCUUGUCACAGGGAACACUGGGAAAGAGCCUCAAAUAGUAGGUCCCCUCGCAUUCGGACAUUUACGGUACCCAUAACGCGGGGCCGCCUCGGGACCCGCCUGGGGCGUGGGCCCCGCCCCCCGGAUCUUUGCGCACGCGCGCACGUGGAUCAGAGCGAGGCAGAGACUGGUCGUGGCCGGAGCCGGUG